AUGGCUCUUACUUACCCUUUAAUCACUGUCAGUUCUCGUCUUCAGGUUCAAAAAGAUUCAAAAGGUCCCGGUGCAUAUAAGGGAAGUAGGGAUGCUAUUAUAAAAAUAUUAAUGAGCGAAGGUGUUAGUGGGUUGUAUUCUAAAAUUAUUAAACCAAGUGAGUUUAUUGGUGAUAUAUCAGUAAAGCAAUCAAUGAUUGCAAGUUCUAUAGCUGGUGCUGCUACUGUACUAAUUACAAAUCCUAUUUGGGUUGUCAACACACGUGUAACAACACAAACAAUUAUAAAUAUAUUUGAUAAUGAUGGAAUUUCUGCUUUUUGGCAAGGUGUAACACCUGCUUUGAUUCUUGUAAUAAAUCCCAUCAUUCAAUACACAGUUUUUGAACAAUUGAAAAGUCGGUUAGAAAAAACUAAAACAUUGAAAAAUUCGGAUUUUUUUAUUUUGGGGGCUAUAAGUAAACUUGUUGCCACCACUUUAACUUACCCAUACAUUGUUAUGAAAUCACGUAUGCAAUUACGUCAAACUUCAAAAGGAAAUGGUAGAUAUCAUUCAGUUUUAGAUGGAAUUAAAAAAAUUAUUGAAAGUGAAGGAAUUAAAGGUCUUUACAAAGGAAUCUCUUCAAAAUUACUUCAAUCGCUCUAUGGUUAA